AUGGAAUGUGCCUAUGUGCGCUCGCCGCGCGACGUCCUGGCCCAUUUCCAGGUCGAAGAAGCCACCGGCCUGUCCAACGACCGCGUAACCACCUCUCGCGAAAAGUACGGCAAGAAUGCUCUACCUGAAGACCCUCCCACGCCCCUGUGGGAGCUUGUGCUCGAACAAUUCAAGGACCAGCUGGUCCUGAUCCUGCUCGGUUCGGCCGCCGUCUCGUUCGUUCUGGCUCUGUUUGAAGAAGGCGAUGAUUGGACUGCCUUCGUGGAUCCUGUCGUGAUUCUUACCAUCCUUAUCCUCAACUCCAUCGUCGGUGUCUCUCAGGAGAGCAGCGCCGAGAAGGCCAUCGCCGCCCUCCAGGAAUAUUCUGCCAACGAGGCCAAAGUCGUCCGGGACGGUGAGAUCAAGCGCAUCAAGGCCGACGAACUUGUCCCCGGCGAUGUCAUCUCCGUUUCGGUUGGCGACCGCAUCCCCGCGGACUGCAGGCUCCUUUCUAUACAAAGCAACAGCUUCAGCGUCGACCAGUCCAUUCUGACUGGUGAGAGCGAAAGCGUGGGAAAGCGCGCGGAUGCGAUCAAGGACACCGAUGCUGUCAAGCAAGACCAGGUCAACAUGCUUUUCUCGGGCACAACCGUCGUUACCGGACAUGCUACCGCAAUUGUGGUCUUGACUGGCGGCAACACGGCAAUUGGUGAUAUCCACGAGAGCAUCACGGCGCAGAUCUCGGCGCCGACUCCCUUGAAGGAGAAGCUCAACGAUUUUGGUGACAUGCUCGCCAAGGUCAUUACGGGUAUUUGUAUCUUGGUCUGGGUCAUCAACAUCAGGAACUUUAACGAACCGGCGCAUGGCGGUUGGACCAAGGGUGCCAUUUACUACCUCAAGAUCGCCGUGUCGCUUGGUGUCGCCGCUAUUCCCGAAGGUCUCGCUGUUGUAAUUACUACUUGUUUGGCUUUGGGCACGCGCAAGAUGGCCGCUAAGAACGCAGUCGUCCGCAGCCUGCCCUCUGUUGAGACACUGGGCAGUUGCAGCGUCAUCUGCUCCGACAAAACAGGUACUCUUACAACCAACCAGAUGAGCGUCAACAAGGUUGUCUUUGUUGGCGAAGAUGGUGCGAGUUUGGAUGAAUUUGAUGUUGAAGGCACGAGCUUUGCCCCUGAAGGUGUCAUGUCUUACCAGGGCAAGCCUCUCGAGUCUCCGGCUAGCAACUCUACAGUCUUGGCUCAAUUGACUGAAGUUGCGGCGCUUUGCAACGAGGCCAAGCUCUCCUUCGACGAAAAGAAUGGCACGUGCAACAACGUUGGAGAACCGACCGAGGGUGCACUCCGUGUCCUUGUCGAGAAGAUCGGAACACCGCACGCGGACCUCAACGCGACCAGGAGCAGCAUUCCCAUUCACCAACGGCUCCACUGGGCUAGCAAGCAUUAUGAGGAUCAGGCGCGCACUCUGGCUACCUAUGAGUUCUCGAGGGACCGCAAGAGCAUGUCCGUCCUUGUUGACAACGGAGACUCUCAACGCCUCCUUGUCAAGGGUGCCCCCGAAUCGAUUUUGGACAGGUGUACUCACGUUUUGGUCGGACAACAGGGCAAGAAGGUCCAACUUAACGACAGCCUGUCCAGCAUCAUCUCCAAGCAAAUUGUUAGCUAUGGUAACCGCGGUCUUCGUGUCAUCGCUCUCGCGUCCGUCGAUGACGUCGCCUCGAACCCGCUUCUCAGAUCCGCUACAACCACCAAGGAGUACAUGCAGCUCGAACAGAACAUGACUUUGAUCGGUCUCACCUGUAUGCUCGAUCCCCCUCGCCCCGAAGUUGCUGCCUCGAUUAGGAAGUGCGUUCGGGCUGGUAUUCGGGUUGUUGUCAUCACUGGCGACAACCAAAACACGGCCGAAACCAUUUGUCGCCAAAUUGGCGUUUUUGGCGAAAAUGAGGACCUCACUGGCAAGAGCUACACUGGCAGGCAGUUUGACGAUCUAAGUGAGUCCGAGAAGCUGCAUGCCGCAAAGAACGCCUCGCUCUUUUCGCGCACGGAGCCCUCGCACAAGUCCAAGCUUGUCGAUCUUCUUCAAUCUGCUGGCGAGGUUGUUGCCAUGACUGGUGACGGCGUGAAUGACGCUCCGGCAUUGAAGAAAGCAGAUAUUGGUGUUGCCAUGGGUUCUGGCACUGAUGUGGCCAAGCUUGCGGCCGACAUGGUUCUGGCCGAUGAUGACUUCGCCACCAUUGAGGCUGCUGUCGAGGAGGGCCGCUCCAUCUACAGCAACACUCAGCAGUUCAUCCGCUACCUGAUUUCCUCCAACAUCGGCGAAGUCGUUUCCAUCUUCCUCACCGCAGCGGCAGGCAUGCCCGAGGCGCUGAUCCCCGUCCAACUUCUGUGGGUGAAUCUCGUCACCGACGGUCUUCCUGCCACCGCUCUUUCCUUCAACCCGCCUGACCACGACGUCAUGAAGCGGCCUCCGCGUAAGCGGGACGAGGCGCUGGUCGGUGGUUGGCUGUUCUUCCGUUAUAUGGUAAUUGGCACAUACGUUGGUAUCGCUACUGUCGGCGGCUACGCCUGGUGGUUCAUGUUCAACUCGGAGGGCCCGCAAAUCACUUUCUACCAACUGAGCCACUUCCACCGGUGCUCGACCGGGUUCCCGGAGAUUGGCUGCCAGAUGUUCUCGAAUGACAUGGCCAAGUCGGCAAGCACCGUGAGCUUGUCCAUUCUGGUCGUCAUCGAGAUGCUCAACGCUAUGAACGCACUGUCGAGCAGCGAAUCUCUGCUCACGCUACCGCUGUGGGAGAAUAUGAUCUUGGUGUACGCCAUCACACUCAGCAUGGCACUGCACUUUGCCCUGCUGUACAUUCCGUUCUUGCAGUCUCUGUUCAGCAUCGUGCCGCUCGACUUGAAUGAGUGGAAGGCGGUGCUGCUGAUCAGUCUGCCUAUCAUAUUCAUCGACGAGGGCCUCAAGUUCGUUGAGCGGGCUUUCUUCAUGCCUAAGCCUAACCAGCACGUUAAGCCGAAGAAGGAUUAA